GAGGCAGCGGCAGCAGAAGUCACCGGCUCAUCCUCUGAGAGGACGCACCUUGAGUAGUAUCUCUACGAGCUGUACAAUGGAUAACGGAUGUCAUUGCUCGGCCAGCAGCGACAGGCUGUCCAACCCUAUCCUCUACAACAUCCUGAGUCAGAUGGAGAACAGCAAAGCCGUCGACAACAACUUCAACUACAACUCAGUACCUCACAGGUGCAACUGUGAGCUGCGGCGGACUGUGUGCCUGAAAAGGCCUCUGGAGAUUUGCAAAGAAGCUUCGGCCGUUCUGGUGAAAACCGUGCACUUCAUGAAGAACCUACCCGCUUUCAACCAGCUGCCGCCAAAUGACCAGUUCUCACUGCUAAAGAGCUGCUGGGCACCGCUCUUCAUCCUGGGUCUGGCCCAGGAGCACGUGGACUUUGAGGUGACGGACACCCCCGCUGACAGUAUGCUGAAAAAGAUUCUCCUCAACCGCCAGGAGAAGCUGGACACGGACAGAGAGCAGCCCACCAUGGCCGGAGUCAGCAAACUCAAGUCCUGCCUAAAAAAGUUUUGGAGUUUGGAUUUGAGUCCAAAGGAGUAUGCAUACCUCAAAGGCACCACGAUAUUUAACCCAGAUGUACCAGAUCUAAAGGCAGCUCUCUUUGUGGAAGGCCUGCAACAGGAGGCCCAGCACGCCCUCAGCGAGGUGGUCCAGCUCAUCCAGCCCGGCCAGGAGCGCUUCGCUCGGAUCCUCCUCACAGCCUCCCUGCUGCAGAGCAUCACGCCUAGCCUCAUCACUGAACUCUUCUUCCGGCCCGUGAUAGGCCAGGCCAACCUGCUGGAGCUGCUGGUCGACAUGCUCUUCUGCAGAUAGAAGAGCGGGAACCGUCCAGGAGGGGGGGGAGUUCCUCACAGAGUGAAUGCUGAACCUUUCUAUUGACCAAACUCAGCAGCGGUUCCCUCAUGAAAGUCUGACAGAAAAGCACUUGUGAUAAAGACGAUAUGGAUUGACCGAAAUCCGAAGCUUGAAACUAUGAAUUUCUCCCAAUGACACUGAAGCUGAGGUCACUUUAGGGCAGUGUGAAAAGACGAAGUAGCUGAAGAGCAAAGAUGUGACUUUGCAGACGGGUCAUUCACUGUCUCUCAUGUUGAAGACUUUCUGUUUUUACGUCACUGUUGUAAAUAAGGUUUUCCUGCCUUUACAGAACAUUUCUAAUAAAUAUAUUUUUCUAC